AUCUGGUGGUUUUAUUAAUCCUUUUGUUGUAUUGAUGUCAUUUCUAUUUUCUAAAACAGAAGGAUCAAUUAAUUAAAAUGCAUUUUUUUUCUUAAAUCAUCCCAUACGAAAGAUUAAAUCAUUUGGGCAUAAAUCAACUGCUUACAUAUUGAAGUAUGUAAAUAACUAGCUGCAUGAAGUCGUGAAUGUACGCCAGAAUGCUGAUAAACUACAAAAAGCUCAAACCUUAUAUAUACGUGCCACUCAAUUAAAAUUUUAUUCUAUUAUAUCCAUGUGAUUGAUUAAGCUAAAAUUCAGCUAAACGAGCAUUGAGAUCAAUAACUUAAAAUCUGUGUAUCUCACUAACAUGUGGAAUAUUCUCUCCAGAGGAAUGGAUAAAGUCAUAACCUGUUUCAACAAGCGCCCAGAUGCUUCGGUCCGUCUCAUCUGUUUUCCCUGGGCAGGUGGAGGCUCCAUCUAUUAUGCUCGCUGGGCCAAAACCCUUAACAGCUCUAUUGAAGUGUACUCAGUUCGAUUGCCAGGCAGAGAAGGAAGAGCUAAGGAACCAUUUUUUCAGAAUAUGCAGGAAAUCAUUGAUGAGGUCAUCGGUGUGCUUCUUCCACAUCUCAGAGAAAAGCCAUUUGCACUCUUUGGACAUAGUUUUGGAGCUAUGACCUGCUUCGCUUUUGCCGAACACGUAAAGAAGGUCUACAACCUUGAGCCGAUCCACAUGUUUCUCUCUGGAGCCUCCGCACCAUAUUCUGAAGCAAGACUGCAGGCACCAAGAAGAAGUCAUCUGUCAGAUCAAGAGUUUCUUGUGUGGGUCACUUCUAUUGGAGGCACACCACCAGAGAUACUGGCCAAUGCUGAGCUCGCCAAACUCUUCUUACCUGCGCUGAAAGCAGAUCUCUGUGUAGUGGACAAUUAUAGAUGUAGCAGACCAUCAACACCCUUCCUGUCAUGUCCAGUAUCAUGCUUUGACGGAAAAGAGGAUGCACCCCAUGACUUACAAGCUUGGAAGGACAUGACAAGUGGUGACUUCACUGUGCAGAUGCUUCCUGGAUCUCAUUUUUACUUGAAAGAGGCAGCAAAUGAAAAAUAUCUACUGGACCACAUCACAAAACAUCUUGAGACAGCAGAGAUGGACUAUUUAUAGAAACUCUGUCUUUUUUUUAUUAUCUAACUGCAAACAUGAUACAUUUAUGAUAUAACUACAAUUUAUUUUUAAUUCAUAUUCACUGAUGGAACACAUUUUCUUAAUAAUCAGAAUAGACACAGAAAGUAAACUAAUUGAUGCCAAAAUAAUCAUUCCAUUAAUUGUGCAAAGAAAUAUUCAUGACUUAUUUUGACCAAUAAAUCAUGAAUAACUUAGAUGUACACAGAUACAGUAAUGUUAGAGGAUAAAAAUAUGCUAUAUGAAAAUAAUUGUCAAGUAUUCAAUGUAAAACUGAUCAAUGCAAAAUUGUAUGUAUUUAAACAGAAGGAAUGGUUGAAUGAAAGGGGGAGGGGGAACUAUUAAUAACAUUUCAAAAUAAAAUUUGUACAUUUUCUGAAUAAAAAGGUGAAAAGUG